GAUUCAAAUAAAAGGUUUACUCUUCCCACCCGUUUGUUUAAUCCACCACCAAACACACACAACUCUUAGAAGUUCAAAAUGGUUAAUUUCACAAUUGACGAAAUCCGUCGUUUGAUGGACAAGGUUACCAAUGUCCGUAACAUGUCCGUCAUUGCUCACGUCGACCACGGUAAAUCUACUUUAUCCGAUUCCUUGGUCUCCAAGGCCGGUAUUAUCUCCUCUGGUCGUGCUGGUGAAGCUCGUUAUAUGGAUACUCGUAAAGAUGAAAUCGAACGUGGUAUUACCAUCAAGUCCACUGCCAUUUCCAUGUAUUUCGAAAUGGGUGAAGAAGAUAUCAAGGAAAUCAAGGGCCAAAAGACCGAUGGUACAGCUUUCUUGAUCAACUUGAUCGAUUCUCCCGGUCACGUCGAUUUCUCUUCUGAAGUUACCGCUGCUCUUCGUGUCACUGAUGGUGCCCUCGUCGUCGUUGACUGUAUCGACGGUGUCUGUGUCCAAACUGAAACUGUCUUGCGUCAAGCCUUGGGUGAACGUAUCAAGCCUGUUAUCUGUCUUAACAAGGUUGAUCGUGCUCUUCUUGAACUUCAAUUGGACAAGGAAGAACUUUACCAAUCCUUCUCUCGUACCAUCGAAUCCGUCAACGUCAUUAUCUCUACCUACAUUGAUGAAGCUCUCGGUGACUGCCAAGUCUACCCCGAAAAGGGUACUGUUGCCUUCGCUUCCGGUCUUCACGGCUGGGGUUUCACUCUUCGUCAAUUCGCCAACCGUUAUGCCAAGAAGUUUGGUGUUGACAAGGAAAAGAUGAUGACCAAGCUCUGGGGCAACAACUUCUUCAACCCCAAGACCAAGAAGUGGUCCACCAAGGCCACCGAUGCUGAUGGCAAGCCUCUUGAACGUGCCUUCAACAUGUUCGUUUUGGACCCCAUCUACCGUAUCUUUGAUUCCAUCAUGAACUUCAAGAAGGAACAAACUGCCACCCUUUUGGAAAAGUUGGAAAUCACUCUCAGCUCUGACGAAAAGGAUUUGGACGGUAAGGCUCUCUUGAAGGUUGUCAUGCGUAAGUUCUUGCCUUGUGGUGAUGCUCUUUUGGAAAUGAUCUGUAUCCACUUGCCCUCUCCUAUCACCUCUCAAGCCUACCGUUCCGCUCUCUUGUACGAAGGUCCCACUGAUGACGAAUGUGCCAUCGGUAUCCGUAACUGUGACCCCAACGGUCCUCUUAUGUUGUACGUCUCCAAGAUGGUUCCUACCUCCGAUAAGGGUCGUUUCUAUGCCUUCGGUCGUGUCUUCUCUGGUACUGUCCGUGCUGGUAUGAAGGUUCGUAUCCAAGGUCCCAACUAUGUUCCCGGUAGUAAGAACGAUCUUGCCGUCAAGUCUAUCCAACGUACCGUUCUCAUGAUGGGUCGUAACGUUGAAGCUAUUGAAGACUGUCCCGCCGGUAACAUCAUUGGUCUCGUUGGUGUCGAUCAAUUCUUGGUCAAGUCUGUCUAUGCUUCCGUUCUUACUGCCUCUCCUGGUAUUCAAGAACCCGUCUACCUUGUUGAAAUCCAAUGUCCUGAUUCUGCUAUCGGUGGUAUCUACUCUUGUCUCAACAAGCGUCGUGGUCAAGUCUUCUCUGAAGAACAAAAGCCUGGUACUCCUAUUGUCAACGUCAAGGCCUACUUGCCCAUUAACGAAUCUUUCGGUUUCAACGCUGAUCUUCGUUCCGCCACCUCUGGUCAAGCCUUCCCUCAAGCUGUCUUUGAUCACUGGCAACUCAUGUCCGGUAACCCCUUGGAAGCCGGUAACAAGGUCUACGAUAUCGUCCGUGAUGUCCGUACCAGAAAGGGUCUUACUCCUGAUAUUCCUGGUCUUGACAAGUACUAUGACAAGCUUUAAAU